GUCAAAAAAUUUAACACACCAGCAGUGUGAAGAGACCUGAAAGUGGCACAUGGCAGCAGAAGUGUGGCGAUGGAGACAGCAGCAAUGGGAGGCCGUACAGGGACCCAUGAGAGACUCUGGACCUGGCAGCAGCAUGAGGAGGCGGUAUAUAGGGGCCUAUGGCAGAUUAGGGGCCUGGCAGCAGCUAUGUGAGGCCCGUAAUCUGCCAGCACCCUAUGUCAAAAAAUUUAACACACCAGCAGUGUGAGGAGACCUGAAAGUGGCACAUGGCAGAGUGUGGCGAUGGAGACAGCAGCAAUGGGAGGCCGUACAGGGACCCAUGACAGACUCUGGACCUGGCAGCAGCAUGA